AUGGUGACGGCUAUUACGAAAGCAAGAAACUUGACCAAUAUGAAAUUGGAAGACUUAGUUGGAGCUUUAAGAGCUCAUGAACCAUUACUGCUAGCUGACAAACCAAGCAGAAAAGGAAAAAUGGUUGCUCUAAAAACAAGUCAAAUAGAAAGUCCAUCCUCUAAAAAGACUGAAGAUGUCAUGAAAAAGGAAAGCUUAUAUGAUGAGUCAUACUCAGAGCAAGAAAAGGAAGAAGAGGUCAACCACUAUCUCAUGGCAAAAUCAGAAACUGAAAAGGAUCAUGUCCGAUGUCGUUUCUUCAAAAAAGGGGGACUUCCUCAAGACAACACAAUCCAUGUUGUCAACUCUGAUGAUUCAGAAACAACUGCAUCUGCAGAACCUACACCACAACCAAUUCCCUCAAAAACCUCUUCUAAAUCUUCAACACCUAAAAAGGCCAAACUACCUUCCAAAAAAUUACCAUCCCCAGCUUCAAAAAUUUCUGCAACUACCAAACUUUUUGAGUCCUCAAUUUUGGAAACCCAGUAUGUUUCAAAAUGGCAGAACAAACAUGUGGUCAAUGGAAAAAUCAUUGACCUUGCUAAUUUAAAACAAGGUGGUUUUGACGUGGAGGACAUGUUUGACCAACUGGGAUGGACCUCCUUUUUACACGUAAACGAACCCCAGUAUCCUCGUUUGGUUAGGGCUUUUUAUGCUGCUUCAAAUAGUUCCAAAGGCAAUAAUGAUUUCAGCGUUGUCCUCAAAGGGGUCCACAUGGAGAUUAAUCCUACUACACUGUGUCAAAUCUUGGACAUACGUGAUGAAGGUGCCUACCUUUUCUCAGAAAACUGGUAUUCUCAGUGUCAAGUCACUAGAACAGAUAUCCUCAAAAACACCCACAUUUCACCCCCAAAAUCUCAGGUGGCUUCUAAUCUACUUCCCAUUUGCCGCAUUCUUCACAAUAUAUGCACACCUCUCCACUUAGGCAAUCUCAUUUUCUGUUUCAUGUCGAAUGUUGUUGUGCUAGGUCGAUCAGCUCCCUAUGGGAUGAUCCUGACCACGAUUUUCAAAUUUUUUAAUCUACCACUUCAUGAUGAACCUUCGAUCCAAUUUAACAACACUUUUUCUAUGAAAAAUGUUAAACAAAUGAGGCUCAAUUCGGUUGUUUCUACUCCUAUCAAGUCAUCCUCAACCGUAUCCCAUGCAUCCAAGAAGAAGAAAGCUCAUCACUCCCCUUUUGUAACUCUCAUUUCUGAACCUGAAUCUACUCAUCCUCCAACCGAGGAUGCUCCUCAACAACUGCUUCAGGAAUCUAUUUUAGAAACUGCUCAACCUCCAACAGAACAUGUGCCCACUUCAUCUCCAGUGUGUGACUCUCCCAUUCCAACAUUUGUGCCCGUUUCGCCUCCGUUUGCACCAAUCCAUACUCUUUACCCUCACUGUGUAGACGAUCCUCCACAAGAGGAUACAACUGAGGCAUCCUAUCUAAACCAGAUGGAGGAUGGUGAAGAAUUGUAUUUUGAUCUGAAUGUGUCUUAUCAUCAUUUCUCACCACCAAGUCCUCUUAAGGAUAUGCUUGUUGAAACUUCUCAAUAUCUGAACGAAACUCUAGAUACUACUCUUCCUCCUCCAACAUCCACUGCAAUUGUUGAAGAACCGUCCCAACCUCUCCCUGAGGUCCCUAGCCAGUUCGGCUCCAUUGGUUCCUUCUUUUCUACCACCAUUAAUAAUACUUCAAAGGAUAAAGCUGGGAGUUCUCAAAACAAAAGCUCUAGUGUCAAUGAUAAACCCAAGGAAUCGAACUCCAGUAAGAGGACCGAGGAAAGGAAAAAUAACAGACAUAUAAAACUUCUCAAGACCAUUAGGAAGGAUCAGAAGAAAGUUCUUCAAAGUUUUAAUACCUUCCAGUAUACAAUCGCUCAUUUUGGUCUCAUCCUUGAAUGGGUUACCAAACAUUUGAUUCCCACUGUUGCUCCUGGAGAUCAUCCUCCUGAGCUACCAACCCAACCUUCCUCUGAUGUUCCUGAUCCUUCUCUAUCAUCCUCGUUUGAUGAGCCAUCCUCCUCUAAGUAG